AUGACCUUCGAGCAACAGCGACGGGAGCGGUCGUCUAGCGACAGAGCUCAGCCUGCACCCUUCCCGCAGAGACCAGGCCUUCCCGGCAGAACAAUUUCCGCACCGGCCGGAGGUCUGUAUAAGCUCGAGUCCUCCAGAAUGGCAACGGACACACGGAGUAAGGUUGAGAGCCCUCUCAUAGAGGAGGAGGAACAUGUUCUGUCAAGGAGUGACAACGGCUUAUUGCCGAUACGUGACGGUAACGGGAUAUCUCAGAAGCCGAACUUCCCACACCUUACGAUCGCCGUUGUUGGCCAAGAGAAAGCCGGCAAAUCCACAUUCAUUCGGAGCGCUCUUGACAUGAAGAACCCGCUAUCCUCACGAUCGACAACAAAGAAAAUGUCAUUAGACGGCACUGUUUACCUUGUUCGAUUCGUGGAGAUUUCGACCAAAGAGAUAACAGUCGGAAGCAAUGGAGAGCUCGAGUGGCCUCGGAUUGGCAACGAUGCUGCUUCGCCAAAGGUUAUUGACGGAGUGCUCGUUCUUCACGACGUGACCCAACCCGAGAGCCUCUCAGAAUUGACAGGCCUACUUGACACUUUGUCCGCGUCAUCCUUGCCAUUUAUUCUAAUUGCGAGUAAAUGUGAUGUUCGAAGGCACGAUAGAUUCCUUGAGCCUGCUUUGGGCAAUUACGAGAUUCAUCGGAUGUCCCCCGAAUCUCCACAAUCGCAAAAGACGUACAUUGCCAAGCUUUUGCGAUUUGUUGUCAGCAAAAAAUAUGAAUUCACCGAUCUUUUCCCCAGCCAGUCCGUCCAGGGAACCUCUGGCGACGCCCCGUACCGACCGGGCUCGCAAGACCGCCGCCAUACUCGUGCCAACUCCGAAACACCUACAGCCUUCUUCAACGGAGCCGCGGGCGGCUCAAUCUCCACGAGUGUGUUUGAGUCAGGAGUCGAUGGGUACGGCGACGACCUGUAUCCCGUCGACCGGACCGACUCAUCCAACCUGGCUUCCAAUUCGCACAGUUCGAGAUAUGCCCGGAGCAACUCGUUUCCGGUGCGACCGCACACCCCUCCCUCCGGAGCCACGUUGAACUUGCACAGGCCAUCAGCGUCGGGGGAGUCCUCUCCAGCCAAGGACCGCAAUCGCCAGCAUCGGCUCCAUGCUGCUUGGCGAAACAGUGGCGGAUCGGACGCCUUUAAUAGCUUCUUGGAGACGGAAGAUGAGACUGACGUGUCGCGUAGCGCCCCAUCAAGUCCUGGUGGCAGCAGCAAGGACAAAUCAACAAGCGAUGGAAGUUCGAAUGAAACCGGUUACACAUUUGACGAGUUAGUUGAUCGGCUUGUGGCGCAGCCGAUGUCGAAGCAAGACUCCAAGUUCUCGUCGAUCUUCUUGUGCCUGUAUCGCAAGUUUGCGGCACCCGCCAGUCUACUCAAUGCGCUGAUACAUCGUUUUGAACGAAAUGAGAAAAACAUCACCGACCAGCUGACCCGCAUUGCCGAUCAGUUAAGACUGCUCAACGUGAUGGCACAGUGGGUAUCGGAGUACCCCGGCGACUUGGCAUAUCCAAAGACACGGAAGCGGAUCCUGGAUUUCGUAUCAACGUUGGAGAAGAGUCAUUUCUACAUGUUUGCCGCCAAAGAGAUCGGAUCGUAUCUCGAAGUGAACACGGAAGAUGAUGACGUUGGGUGGCCAUUCAAAGACGGCGACCUCUCCAUCCAUGUUUCUGGGGGGCCUGCCUCAGGAGAAGAUGAAGGCGAGGAAGAGGAGGAGGAUCCCAUCUACAACAUGAGCGCUCUAGAUCUGAGCGAGGGCCCGCCAGAGCAGAGCACAAGGCUCUCGGGUACUUCGACGGUGGACAAGCCCGGCACGAUCUCGAGCCAAUCGUUCACGAGCUUGAGCAUUGAAGCUGCGCAAAGAGAGUCCGAACACCUGGAGCUGACACCUAGCGUGCCACUGACCAAGAUACAAUGGCGACAAUUCAUGGAGAUACCCGACGAAGAAUUUGCACGCGAGUUAACACGAAUUGACUGGAUCAUGUUCAACUCGUUUCGACCUCGGGACCUUGUACGCCAUGUCAGUAUCUCAGGUCCCGACAAAGAUAAGAUUCAGAGCUUGAAGCAUGUCAAUCGCAUGAUCAAGCAAUUCAACCAUAUCGCGUUUUUCGUGGCUAGUAUGAUCCUUCUUCGGGACAAGCCGAAGCACCGGGCAAGGGCCCUCGAGAAGUUUAUGAACAUUGCACAGAAACUGCGACGGUUGAAUAACUACAACUCCCUGGGUGCACUAAUUGCCGGCAUCAAUGGCACUCCAGUACAUCGGCUGUCUCAGACGCGGGAGCUGGUCCCAGUCCAAGUACAGAAGGACUUCAUGAGGCUAGUGAUUCUUAUGGGGACGCAGAAGAGCCAUUUUGCAUAUCGCUUAGCCUGGGAUAAUUCAUUCUCGGAGCGAAUUCCGUUUCUCCCACUACAUCGCCGUGAUUUGGUGUCGGCCGAGGAAGGGAAUAAGACCUUUGUCGGAGACAACCGAUCUCGGAUUAACUGGAAGAAAUUCGAGGUGAUGGGAGAAGUCAUUCUGGGCAUCCAGCGCAGCCAGAAGACCCCGUACGCUCAUAUUAAUCGGCAUGAGGAUGUGCAGCGGUUGAUACUGGAUAUCAAGCUUUCUGGAGAUGAAGAGGUUGAACCAUCCACGGGCAUCGACACAGGACGCAAGAAAUUCGGCUGGCUGCGGUCUUGA